GUAACAUGAUGAGUCAAAGUAUUGGAGUAGCUGUACUGGUUUGGUUAACUUUAGCAAACUGCCAAGUUAUCCGUUAUGAAACUGAGGUAAAGACAGAUACCACUAACUACGGACCCGUUACCAUGGUGGUAAAUAAUCUGGCGGAUAUUGCCGUUGAUGUAAGCGACGACACCACCGUUCAAUUGGAGGGCAAAAUAAAUCGCACUCAGCAGGAUAUCGCCGGAGAUAUUGAGGUUCUCACCGCCAAUGCAUUGUCCCAGUUAAGUGACGCAAUCUACGAGACCAACGAGCUACUUGUGGUCAAUCCUGACUGCAAUCCGGCUUGGAGCUUGGAUGAACUUAAUGAGAAUGUAACCUACCAACUAGGUGGUUGCACUAGUGGCUUAGGAAAUCUCUUGGAUAACUUCCGUUUGGAGGGCCAACAGGCAUUAUCCAGAGUCCAGGGAUUUGUUCAGCAGAUUUCAGAGUUGCCUGCCAAGUGUCAGAUGUUGGGGUCUUCUGCUCUUAAUCCUCUGGCUACAGCAGGCGGAAGUGUUUGCUUUAUCAAUGCCAUGGCUGAGAUCAACCUGGGUAUGGCCCAAUCUCUGCAUAAUGCCUCCCUGCUCCUGGUGCAAACACAUCAGGCCACCGAACAGCAAGUGGAUCAGGCUCAGCGGUGUACUGCCUUCGUAGUGCAGCAGAUCGGCGACUAUUUGCGAGAGGAGCGGGAUCAAUGCCAACUGUGAACCCUUUCUUUUAGCCAUAGUCCUAAGUCCAGGCAAAUACAGCCAAUGGCAAAUUUAUGCACCCACAAGAUGACAAAGGCCGAGGACUCGCCACAUCCUGUCGACUUAUUCCUUAUGCAUGACAUUUAUUUGACAAGUUUUUGAUUGAUUUUACAGCUGCUGCAGUCGAUCUGGUGCAGCUAUCUGCAUACUCGUAGGUACAGUAAAAACUCCCAAGAACUAAUACAAAAAUAUAAAUUAAGUUUUAAAAAUUUUGUAAUUUCUAAAUCUUAGGCCACAUUUUUGAAUGAUUUACAUAUCGAGUUGGCAAGUUAAAAAGUAUUAUAUUUUAUCCAUUCCCAA